UCAGGACAAUAUUGAUCGUCUUAGAGAAUUAGAAACCAGAAUUCAAGGUCUUGGUCAUUUCCGCCUUGCUGUCAAUCAUCGUCAACUUGUGGGUGAAAAUCCUGCUUGUCAAAACAUAAACAAACCACCAUCUUCAUCAAUUCGUAAAACAUCAUUAACCACUUAG